AUGGUGAAGUACGCGAAGGAGCCGUCCAACGAGAACAAAUGCUGCAAGGCAUUUGGGCAGGACUUGCGUGUGCACUUCAAGAACACGCACGAGACGGUCCAGGCCAUCAAGAAGGACAAGCGGGGUAACCCGAUGAAGCUGUCGGCUGCCAAGCAGUUCCUGGAAGACGUUCUGGAGAGGAAGCGCUGCAUCCCCUUCAGAAAGUUCACCGGCUGCAUCGGCCGCAAGGCGCAGGCUAAGGAGUUCAAGCACACCCAGGGUCGGUGGCCUGUGAAGUCUUGCAAAAUCGUCCUGGACCUCCUCAGAAACGCCGAAUCCAACGCUGAGAUGAAGAACCUCGACGUGGAUAACCUUGUUAUUGAGCACAUUCAAGUCAACCGGGCACCGAAGGGCCGCCGCAGGACCUACCGCGCCCACGGUCGCAUCAACCCGUACAUGUCCCAGCCCUGCCACAUCGAGGUUAUUCUGCGUGAGGAGGAGCGACCCGUUGAGAAGCCCUCUGUUGAAGGCGCCGCGAAGGUGAAGACUAUCCGCCUCACCAAGAAGGCGCUGGCUCGCAGCCGCCUGAGGGUCGGUGGAGGCCACUAA